AUGACUGCCGGUGUUGACUCUAUCAGUGGUUUCCUCGAAAAUAAAGAUUGGAAAUACUAUAAAGACUACAGUUUAGGAAAGCGUGUCAUUUGGAAAGUAUUGCCAAAUGACACACAAAUAGCCGGUUAUGCAAAGGGUUUCAACAACUUUACACACGUUAUCGUCCGAAAUGCCGGACAUUGCACACAAUGUGAUCAGCCCAGGGCUACAUUAGAUAUGAUCACCAGAUUUGUUCAUAAUAAACCUUUUGAAUAA